CCACGAUUCGCGCAUUCCACUCAAAGGUGUUCGCAUCCCACUCCUCUCCACCGCUGCAUCUUCUUCGCUCCUUAGAAUUGCUACCCUUCUCUCAUAUCUUCAUCCUACUCUCGACUAUCAACAGAUCAGCGAGCGCGACCUCUUCUGCGCUGGUCGCCGCACCGCGUUCGGCGAACAGGGACAGGUCGGGAGUUGGACGUGGGUAAGGCUGGUGGACGUGUUGUGGCAGUGGCGGGCGCUUGGACGAGGGAAGAGCGAAUCGUAAUAGAAGCACUGGACGACGGCUGCGCUCACGAAUGCUGCACAGAGGCCACAUACUCGAGUUUUAAGUUGAGUGAGGUGGCGGCAUAGGUCUUGUUGCGAAGAUGUCGGACGAAGCGGGCCCUUCUUCAGCGAUUGGUCACUCGGUGCCUUUGCCGACCAGCAGCACCACAGAUUUGUCAGUCUCGGACACCCCAGCACAGGCGGCUGAAUCUACGGCCAAUGUGGGCAAAAGAGGCCCAGACGAACAGGAUGCCGCUGCAAGUGUAAAGCAGCAAAGGAAGAGACGCAAAGCGGAGACCAAGCGCGACACUGGGCUCACCAACCACGAGGCGGCGAUGGAUGAAGCUGCGAAAGCUGAGCAUGAAGCGGUCAAGGAAGAUGCUCAGACUCAGCCUUGGCUGACGGCUUCCGAGCCUGGACCGAGCAGGUUGCCUGUGGAGGAGCGAAAGGAAGCGAAGCUGGGCGAAUUGGAGCCGCCUUUGGCUGAUGCGACGCUUGCUGACGAGGUGGAUAAAAGCGGGGCAGCCACGACGGUAGAAUUUGGUGCCAAGGAGGACAAGACGGGUGCAGAGGAGGGAACACAAGAUGCAGCGAGCACGUCCAAUCAAAAAAAGUCGGUGAAGUCAAGAGGCAAGGGCAAGAGCAAGGCUGCAGCUGGAGCCGAUCCCAGCAAUCGCCCGCCUGCGCCGACCGAAAUCCUGUUCAGCUCUCCCUGGCCCGCGACGCAAUCCGAUCUCUUUCCAGACGCAUCCAGCGGUAUUGCGGCGCUUCACGUCUGGUCCAAAGCCGCCGGUUUCAACGUCCGCAAACGCUCCUCUUAUCUGGAAGAAUGGCGCAAAUCUCCAUUCGUCUAUCUGGAAUGCAAAAAGUCUGGCGUGUACAAGAAUAGGCAUGGGGUGACGGAAGAGACUAGAAGGCGCAAUCGGACGAUCGAGAGGAUGAGCUGCCCUUUUAGAGCCAAAGUGCAGCUCAGAGAUGCAGAGAAGGAGAACGCGACGUGGAAAUUGUCCGUCAAUUGUGCGGAUCACAAUCAUCUGCCUUUUGAGACGAUGCAGAGGCCGUUGGCGGUUGGGAGCGCCAGCGCUGGCGGUGUCAAAGGUACAAGCGCCGGUCAAGCUGCUUUGGAGAGCUUGCCAGUCGAGCAGGGCGCGGAGCAAGUGGACCACGCGCCAGGAGGACAAGAUGCGACGAAUCAAAAUCAAGCGACGGAAGCCAUCGCAUUUUUGGCUGCUCAAGCUCUUCAAUCCCAGCCUUCGACCGCGCCUCGUGACGAUGAGGCGCAAGCUGGUUUUGUGCAGCAGGAGCAGCGAGGAGCAGAAGGGGAGGAUUACGAUGAGCAGGAAGGGAUGAGGGAGCAAGAGGCGAGGGAAGAGGCUGAAGCUAUCGCGUUUUUGGCUGCGCACGCUCUGCAGGCUGAACAGGAGCAGGAGCAGGGACAAGAGCGAGCAGGGGCAGCACAAGAUGCACUACGGGAAGAGGCAGAUGAUGGGCAUAUGCUACAGACUGCGUUGGAGAUGAUGGCGCACGAAUCGGAGGCGGGCGCGGAUACGACGCUGGAAUCGUCGGGACCUGUGGAGGUGCACAUGUCAGGCUACGAGGAAGAGCAGGAUGCGCAGACGAACGAGGACGUGCAAGCAUUGGAUCCUGCCCUGGAGGCGUAAGUCGGACGAUGUACGGUGCAGCUGAGGGCUACGAUGAAUGUCGUGCCGCCAGCAUGCGAGCCAGCUAUUUCUGGCCGAUGCGCAUCGCUCAUCACCACGACGAUCACGCUCACAAUCUGGAACCAAGUAUCAAGCGGUGAUCUGCACCGCUCAGCUCAUCACCACAGACUAUCGUGCUUGAUCGCAUCUCUUGAAGCAUGCUUUGCACUCCUGUACACACUGACACCGUCAAUCUCCACCUCCUCGCUGCACCGCAUUGCAUCGUCGAUGACACAUUGACCUCCCUGCGUGCGUUGUCCACACUCCUCCUCGUAAAAGUGAUAGCCAGCGCAAGGAAAGCGAAAGGCGAAUCGAUCAAGCG